CUUUAACCGUCAUUGCGAAGUUUGCGCAGCGAAGAAAAAGCUGCUUAGAAGCAAAAGCAAAAAGGAAGCAAAUAUCCGCGGAAGCAUUUCUCAAAGAACUUAGCAAGUUUUGUGCAUCAAAAUCACGGAAUAGGAACCCAUAUUCUGUCGGUCGCAACCUCCACGAUGUCUGGAGGCGUGGAUGUCCAACUACCGGGAGACACCAUCCUGUCCGACCACCAUCACCAUCAUCACCGUCGUCGGCCACAGAUGCUGUACCUGCCUUCCUCUCGCGCCUCCGGUCGGCGGCGACCCCCUUGCUCAUCCAAGUCCUCCCUCCAAGAUGACCACCUGACAAUGGUCUCUUCCUCCGAACUUAACUCGUCCCUGAAGCAACAGCCAGGAUCCACUCCUCUGGUCCUCGACUGCCGACCGACUUUCGCUUUCGGCAGGGGACACGUGAACGGGGCUGUGUCUGUUCGAUGCGCUGACAGAAUCAGCCGAAGGCGCCUGCAACUGGGGCGGCUGGGGUUGUGCGACUUGGUGUCGGAUCCAGGGGCGCGGGAGAGGCUAGCAGGUUGCAAGGGAUCAGAUGUUGUGCUCUACGACGAUGGAACGUCGGACGCGGACCAGCUGACCGAAGAUCAUCCUCUGUCGCCUGUCAUUGCAUCCAUCAGGGAGAUGGGAGCUAGACCCGUUCUUUUACGAGGUGGUUGGCGCGAGUUCUCCAGAAACCAGAGUGAUUCCUGUUCAUCCCCACCGACUCCCGAAGAAGAAGAAUGUCCACUCUCGCCAGAUCCUGCCGCCACACUGGAAGCCUUGAGAGCGACUGCCAUCUUGCCUUUCCUGUACGUGGGAAAUGAAAAAGAUGCGGAAGAUGUCGUGCGGUUAAAGGAACUGGGCAUCGGAUUCGUUCUCAAUGUCACCAGCCAGGUGCCCGGGUACUGCGACGAACAGGGAUUCACUUUUCUACGUUUGCCCGCUGCAGACUCUUACCAACAGAACCUCAAGCAAUACUUCAGCAAAGCUUUUGCAUUCAUUGACGAGGCCCGCCAGCGGAACAGUGCCGUCUUGGUGCAUUGCCAAGCAGGUAUCUCUCGCUCCGCUACCAUCGCCAUCGGAUAUCUCAUGUACCACACGAACAUGUCCUCCAUGGAGGCCUACCAGAUGGUCAAGAGCAAACGUCCCAUCAUUUCGCCAAACCUCCAUUUCAUGGGGCAGCUUCUUGAACUGGAGCAAAUCCUAGAAGACAACCAGGACUGCAGCAUCAGUUGAUGACGCCGUGUUGAAUAUCUCCUGGCAAAACUCUUGACGAUCUCGUGUGCGAGAAUAAUCUUAUUGGGUUCCUUAUUGAUGAGUAUACUUAUUGACGUCGAAGAAGAAUAAAGGCUUGGAGAGGAUCCUCCAGCAAAUUGAAUGGAAACUAGUGGGAGAAGAUUUGUGUUCAACGUGAGACUGGAGUGAUUUUCAAAUGAAACAAAUGUAAACUGGAGUAAUUACGUUGUACACAUUACUAUUUAUUGUCAUUAAGAAAGCUUUGUUUCAUUUAAAUUAGCUAUUUUCUCCUUUCUUUUAGAUGGUCUUCCAUCUAAAUAAUAUACAUGUUCUCAUCACUACACUGCAUAUUUUAACGUAUCAUAAAGCUAAUGCCUCCUUAAAUAAAAAAAUCUGAUCCAGUUUUCAAAAUUCUGUUGUAAAUUAAUCAUUUCAUACAAUUGCUAGCACUAAUAAACUCUUUUUUGCAACUCCAGUAUCCCUUCUGUCAUAUAAAAUGGUGGCGCCCAAUAUUACGAGCUUUAGUAUGGAAUCUUUUGCUCAAGCAUAUGUUCAACAAAUUUAUUAAAAUUAAUAUAUAUAUAUGAAUUUGCAGUUGACAGCUUGCUCGUGAUGACAACUUGCUCGUUGUCAGCAAUGCAGUACAACGAGCCAUUUCCUCACCCAGAUCGAAAGGUUAGAGACUUGAACUUUGCAAAAAAUUACUUGCAAAUAAUAUUUUGGUGUAAAAUGUGGUAUUACCACAGGGAAAUGAGAAAAAUUCUUGUGUAAGUAACUCCAAUGUCUAAUAACAAUAAAACGAAUGACGCAGAACAUUUAUUAAAUAAAUUAUUUUACUUGUCUCGCCAACGGUGUGAACAACCAACACCACACUGCAUCUAGUGUGAUGUUAGAACAACCGUGUUCAGCGUACGAUGUUCUCGUUAAUAUUUUUAAAUGUUUGGAUUGACAUUGACGCAUCUUCAUUCUCGAUAACGUUGCCCGAUGUUUGUUCUCCAAUACAAAAUGUAUCCCUCCACCAUAAACAUUUACCCCAGUGUUGAUCAUAUGGCAGAUGGCGCUCCAGAUUAGUUACGUCACUUAGUCUCAAUAUAUUUUCCAGAACGAAAUAUCUAGAUUUUGAAAACUGCUUCAGUCGAACUUUGUAUCUACUGCACGAUUAAUAUUUUACUAUGUGAAUUUAUAAAAUUUGUUUGCAUUUACCGAUUUAAGAAAUAUAUGCCUUGUAAAACACUAUUUAAUUGUAUGAAAGUGUAUAGUGUGGUGGUAAGUUAUCAAAAUAUUGGAAUUUUGGUAUGUUGUAGCUUCUUAACCGGUACAUUAGAAUUCUACAAUUACAAAUGGAAAUACUGUUCAUUCAGGGAUUGUAUGAAAUUGGCAAACGUCCAGUUAAGACGAAACUAUCUGAAUGAGGGGGAAAAGUAAAAAUUUGAUACGCGUGUUCCGCUCAUUUGAACGAGACUCAGCUUAAUGUAGAGGCUAACGUACAUCUGCGAAAGCUGACAUCCCUAAAAGCGAAUAGAUGCGUCCAUUUCCACCUGUAAACCGGAUGUUUGCUUUUCCAUACAAUCCUUGGUCAGACAGUAAUUUAUUGCAUUAUGGUCACAUUAGAUAUGUAUUUUUGUAUCAGUAAUUUCACCAGAUGUGUUCAAUAACCGUGCACAUAAGUUUCACUGAAUAAUAUUCUUGAUCUCUCUAUCAGAUAAUAUCAGCAAUACUCACAAUUUUAAAUGUGGUAUGAAAUAACUUUUACUAUAAAUAUAAAUAAAUAAAUAAAUAUAAAUAAAUAAAAUAAUAAUGAUAAAUAAAUAAAUAAAUAUAAAUAAAUAAAAUAAUAAUGAUAAAUAAAUAAAUAAAUAGGAACAGUCUUAAUUGUAUAUUCUAAUGUCCUAACAAGACAAAAAUGUACUGUAACAUCUAAAGUUAUUUAAAAUAUUAUUAUAAUCAUAUCCCCCUCCCUCAAGUCAUUGUUCAAAGUUUUGAAGCCUAAUAAUAAAUCUGAAGUUUAAAUGAAUCUAUUUUAUCUGCUGCACGUUAAAUUGUCUCUAAAUUCCAAAACCCUUUCACUUUUUACUUAUAAAUGUGGGUUUUUUCAGUGUUUUAUGUAUGUAUUAAAAUCAAUAACUUAUAUAUUUUAAAAAGUUUUAAAGCUAAAUAAUUUAUCUUUAAAACUUAUAUUUGCAUUUAAUUCAAAAAUAAAUUCCUAAGCUAUAUAUUGCAAAAUUUCAAUGCUUUUGAUAAGGAUAUACAAGUAGUUCUUGCAAAAAAAGAAGAAACAGUUUUUGAGUCGCAUAAUAAACAGCUUCGCUAAGCUGUACUCCAAAAUUCAUUUCUGCGUUUUCGUUCAAAACAUCCGAGUAGUUCCCGAAAUAGAGUUCAAGAAAUAUUAUUCAUUUCUAUGUCUUCAUGUGCUUAUAAUUUUCUGCCAAACAAUGAAAAAUAUUUGUAAUUUGUUCCAUGUCUCAAGGUGCCUUGUAUAUAAUCGUAUGUUUUGAGUGACUAUUUUCAUACCCAUCUCUACACGCAAAUCAAUCAAUUGUACUUUUGUAAAUCUGUACUCUUGCAGUAUUUCUUUUGUAAUCGCUCUGUAGAUUGUAAUAACGGUAUGAUGACUAUAAACUUGAUCCUAUGCUUACCAAAUCUAGUCAAAACCAAAGUGCCUCAUGUAUCGGAUCAACUGCCUUCACACGUGUAGGGGACCAUAGCAUUUUAGAAUCAAAGUGUACGGUGCCUACUUCACUGUAUGUGUGCCGAAUAUCGUGGAAUUAGCCUUUCUAUUGAUAUAAUAGCUGCUAAAUAUUUAUUUUAUAAUAAAGUGCUUUUCCAGUGAA